AAUCCCUGAGAUUCUUUAUAUAGGAAAUUAAUGCAAUCGUCAAACCCCACAGUGACUGUCUGGCUCUUUAUCCACAGCUGUGCUCUAAAGUUGCUUGGAGUCAAGCUAGCAGCAAGUUUGUGUAUGUGUGACUUGAUCUGCCUUUUUGGACAAAAAGCAACAGGGACUUGGCAGAGCUAGCUGAAGCAGCAUUGUGUCUGCUGGUUGUCUGUCUGACUAUAGUGUAAGGGAUAGCUGGCACUGGCACUGGCAUGGCUUCUGAAGGGUCUAGUGGCUUACAAGUUCUCCUCUCUACUCUGCAGAGUUCGUAUGACAAAGAUGUAAUCCUGAAUAUACUGAGUGUGCUAAGUGAAUUGCUGUCUGCUGGGACACACCGGAGGAUCGUUUACAUGAUCUCUAAGGGAGGGAGUGAGGCCCUACUGCAAACCUUGGUAAACAUGGCAAGAUCCGAUUCCAAAGACUACAGCAUCCUCAUACCACUUCUUCAAUUGUUAGUCAGAGUGGGCCAAAGAGAUGGAAAUAUUGGAGAAAAGGCCCAGAAAUUAGAAGCUACUGAUGUUACUCUGAGCUUGGCACGUCGAAACCUGACCAAGUUUGAGCUCCUCACUCCCUGCAUUGAUGCUCUUCAAGUGUAUGCUUCCAAUGUUCCCACCGGAUCUAUGUUGGGCAUCAAUGGAGCCAUGGAGUUACUUUUUAAGGUCAUUACCCCUUACAGCAGGAGACAUACGCAAACAAUCAAGGCAUCUGUAGAAGCACUUGCAGCUCUACUAAAAUCAAAAUCAAAUGCCAGAAGAGCUGUGAACAGAGGGUAUGUCAUUGGCCUUCUACAAUUCUAUCAAGAUUGGCAUAACUGUGACUCUUCUAAUAACUUCAUUUCCAUUCGGAGAGGUCUUCUGAGAUGUCUAAAACACAUAACUAAUGUUCGAUCAGGCAGGGAAGCCUUCUUACAGGCCAAAGGGAUGGAAAUACUAUUCAAUACAGCCCAGGAGUGCCUGCGUUGUAAAAAUGUGGACUCCUUAGUUAGUGCUGCUAUCCAAGUUUUGAGAAAAUGCUGCCCAAAAUGUACUCUACCAUUGUCCACCAUAAACAGCAGCUAUACUUUUCAUGUUCACGGAACUCCUAAAUCUGCCCUUCCUUCAAAAACUUGCACACAAGAAGAUGAAUCUGAGGAUGAAGAUGAAUUAGACUCAGAAAAAUGCUUCGAGAGUCCAGAGGAUAAAGAUGAAGAUGAUGACUUAGAAACUGAUCUGAAUAAACUGAGGACAAAGCCAAAUCUAGAUCGGCCUGAUGUGGACUUAGAGCAGUAUAAGGCAUUUUGCCCUGAGAUCAUUCAUGGCUUACAGGACCAGGAAACAGAACACGAGGAUGAUCUGAAUGCUACAUGCAAUAUUUCAAGGCAGCCUAUUUCUUAUUCAUAUAACAUUUUACCAACUCAGAGAACAAAGGAAGACUAUUGUAAAAAAAAGGACCAGUAUACAAAUGAAAAAACCUCUCCAGAAACGUAUUUGGAAAACAAAACAAGAAAAACCUCGGUUGAAGCAAAAAAUUUGGAAAAGGAAUCCUCAAAUGACUUAGACCUAAGAAGCAGAAUCCAAAAUCACUCCAAAAAUGUUUCAUCUUCUAAUUCUUCCUUUGUAAAUGAGGAAAAAACAGGUUUGCUGCCACGUAAUUGUGUUGCUUCAUUUAAAGUACAAAAGAGUGAUGGAGAUGAAAAUGAUAACUUCAAGGUUGUCAACCAGCUCUUAAAAUGCCAUAAAGGAAAUAUCCCUUUCUCUGAUCCUUACAUUUAUAUGGAUAAUGCUGCGAAAACCCAAUCUGUUCCAGAUUACAAAGUACUGGCAUUUCCAGACUUCUGGGGCCAUUGUUCUCCACCUUACUCCCAUAAGCUAGAGGAGAGGAAAUUUGGAUCACAAAGGGACAACAUUUUUGAUGACAUUCGACGUUAUUUGAAGCCUGAUGAUCUUCUCAAUCGAGUUGUGUUCGACCUAGAUAAUCCAAGUGUAUCGGAAAAUUCGGAGGAAAUUGACUCUUUAAAAUUCUACUCCAAAUUUGAAUCUGGAAAUCUACGUAAAGUAAUACAAGUGCGAGAGUUUGAAUAUGACUUGAUCAUGAAUGCAGAUGUUAAUACUUCCCAGCAUCAUCAGUGGUUCUACUUUGAAGUCAGCGCAAUGAGAGCUAAUGUUCCUUAUCGCUUCAAUGUCAUUAACUGUGAAAAGGUGAACAGCCAGUUUAAUUACGGUAUGCAGCCUGUUAUGUAUUCUGUGACAGAUGCUCUUCAUGAAAAGCCUUACUGGAUAAGGACAGCCUACAACAUCUCAUAUUACAAGAACCUCUUUUGCUUCCGGGUGCCUGAGGAAAGAAAAAGGAGAAGAUAUUAUACCUUGACGUUCACGUUAUCGUUCCCACACAACGAUGAUGUCUGCUACUUGGCUUAUCAUUACCCAUAUACAUACUCUGCACUUAUGUCGCACUUGCAGCUGUUAGAGCAGAGACUCGAUGUCAAGAAAAUAUAUUUCAAACAGCAAACCAUAUGUCAUACUUUGGGUGGGAACCCAUGUCCUGUGGUUACCAUCACUUCUCGGCAGAGUCGCAUCCAGGAGUUGUCCCAUCGUCAGUAUAUGGUCCUCACAGCUCGAGUUCAUCCUGGAGAGAGCAAUGCCAGCUGGGUAAUGAAGGGAACCUUGGAGUUUCUAACAAGCAACGACCCCAUAGCUGAGAUUUUACGGGACUUAUUUAUCUUCAAGAUCAUCCCAAUGCUCAACCCUGAUGGGGUCAUCAAUGGAAAUCACCGGUGUUCUCUUAAUGGUGAAGAUUUGAACAGACAGUGGGUCACUCCAGACAGCAAUCUUCAGCCAACCAUUUACCACCUUAAAGGUUUAUUAUACUAUCUGAAUAGCAUUGGCAAAACACCUCUGGUUUUCUGUGACUACCAUGGUCAUUCUCAGAGGAAAAAUGUGUUUUUCUAUGGAUGCAGCAUUAAGGAGACCCUUUGGCAGGCUGGUUGUGUUGUGGAUUCAUCUGUUCUUCUAGAAGAUGUUGGAUACAGAACAUUACCAAAAAUUCUGGAUAAAAUAGCCCCAGCAUUUUCAAUGGGCAGCUGCAGCUUUUUGGUGGAAAAAUCACGGGAAUCAACAGCUAGAGUCGUGGUAUGGAAAGAGAUUGGUGUUUUGAGAAGUUAUACCAUGGAGAGCACCUACUGUGGAUUCAAUCAAGGAUCAUAUAAGGGUCUACAAGUUGGAACAAAGGAACUUGAGGAAAUGGGAGCUAAAUUCUGCUUGGGACUUCUCAUUCUAAAAAGCAAGUCUGUCUACAGCCCAACACUUCCUCCCCAGGUUGUGGCUUUGCUGGAAGCAGAAAAACAAAAUGGGGAAUAUCAGAGAACCAGCAUGGUUGAUACUGAUGACGAGCCUCUGGGUCUAGAAAAGUUUGAUUACAACACUGACAGCUGCUCUGACCAGGAAACAGAAUGUACCAAUUCAAGCACCAAUGCUACAGAUAAACCUCCUGUAUUAGACGAUGUGGCUGGUGCAGAAAAAUAUGGAGCACAUAGCUCCGAAAAUCAUGUCCAUAGUGGUUCUAAAUCACCAUCCCUUGCUGUUCCUUCAACAUCACAUGGUUGCUCUCCAGAAGUCAAUUCCAUUCACUGUGAGCAAAGCUAUGACCAUUCCAACAAGCCGGCAGUGGGACAUUAUCUUUAUUAGCCUGUAGAUUAUAUCAAACAUCCUCGUGCUUCAUACUACCUUUCAUUUACUGUUUAUUGACUUUUGUUAAUUUUAGGGGAUAUCAUGUUUCGCAGCUUAGUUUAUGAAGUAGCAGCUGUGUUAUGUGUUUGGUUUUUCAAUCAUGCCCACAAGACGUUUCACUUCUCCCUCCCACCCAAAAUAUAAGUGAAAUGCCUUGCAGGUGGGCAGAACACAAUGGGAUAUGUUUAGGCCUAGUGUUACUGAAAACGGUGUUCAUUAGGAUCAAUCAAACUCUUUUUGAUAUAAUUAUUUGCGUUUAUUAUUAGGAACUAAUAAGACAUUUUCUAUUCAAAAUUUGCUAUCAUUGAGUCCAUGAAACAUAAAUCCGCAGAGUGGUGAAGUGCAUAGCUAAAACUAUAGUUGAGUUUGUUAAAUAAUUCACAUCAACAAUUAGAUUUAUCAAAUUUAACAGUGAGAGAAAAACAGAAACACAGACAUAUUUACGAACUUUCAACCUCACAAUAAAAUUACAACUUUGAAAACUCCUGUAUAAAAUUUGGGUAGUUCAAUGAAUAAUAAUUAAUAUACUGUUAAGUUGUAUGCAUUUCCUAUGUUAGAUCAAAUAAAUAUGUAUUUUUCGUUGUUUAUGUAAUUGAAAGCAAAUAUCUGUUUAUACUCAACUUGAUAUAUAGUUAAUAGAAAUUACUUGUUUGAUUGGCUAAAGUGGCUAGCAAAGCAAAUGUAUAAUUAUUUCGAUUCCGAGUUUAUUUUUACCAUAUAAUACGUAAGACUUUCUUGUGUUAAAUAACAUUUUAAAUGUUAAAGUAAACAGUGACAAAAUUGUAUUUGUGAUGAUUGCAUGUCGAUUUAAACCAUUUUGUUUAAUGUUUAAAUUAAUUCAUAAAAAUAUGUAUAGGUCUUUUUUUUUACCAUAACAUUGUAGACAACAGCCUGAACCUGAAUUUCACGAUUUAAGGGUAGUAACAAAAACCAAACCAGGAACAUGGGAUAUCAGUCAUAUUUUUAGAAAUUUUAAAAUAAUUAUUAGAAAAAAGAUAUUGGCGGAGAUUUAUGAAAGAGUUGUGCAAAACUUUCCCUUUCAUUUUCUGCAUUUUUCUUUUUUUUUGGUGGGAUUUGUUAUAUCUAUAAGAUUUGUUUAAUCUGUUAAUUCAUUUGU